AUGCUGCUGGCCGUUCUGAUCGGCGCACUCCUUUUAGUCGCUGAUGCGCACUUCCAGUCCACGCUCAUGGCGGACGACACACCGCGGAGGCGGCUGGCGAAGUACCAGACGGACAUGGCGGAAGCAGAGGCGGUGCUCAUGCAGCCCGUGCCGCAGCCUGCGCGCAGCGACGUGUCAUCUGGCGGACCCGCGCCUGUCGAAAGGCUGUACGAGGCGGGUCUUGGAUCCUGUGGCAUUCCCGACAUCGACGACCCCGAGGAGUGCGUAGCGGACCUCGCGGCGUUCCCCGCGCUGAACCGCAACAGCGCCAAGGUGCGCCAGCUCGCUUGCCUGGCGCACAACUACCUGCGCCCGUGGAUGGGCAUUCCGGGAAUCACAGAAGGCAUGGGCGCGCGCGGAAUGAUCAGCCCGAAGCUUCUAGGGCAGAUGGCGACGAUGUCGAGUGUCCUUUCCUGCUCGGGGCACGUGCGAAUCGUCAAAGGAGAGAUAUUCUUCCGUUUCGGUGGAUUCGAAUUCGACUGGUACAGGAUGCGCCGCUUCGUCUUCUCCAUCCGAAUGAUUGAGGAGGCUAUUAUCGAGUACAACUUGUACAACCUGAACGCCGAGUUCUUUAUCAGCACCUGCGACCUCCCCACCAGCCGAGUCAGCUCCGUAGCGAAGCACCGCGCGGGCCUUCCGAUAUUUUCCCCCCACGGCGCUCCCGGCAGCGUAGACAUUCUUUACCCCGACCCCGUGGACCUGAGCAAGAGUUAUUUCAGGGACAUCGAGGAUACGGUGCCGUGGGAGCAGAAGCAGGGCCGCGCCGUGUUUCGCGGUGGCAUGACCAACUUCUUCGUGCAGUACGACACGCAGUGGCGCUCCAGCCCACGCUUCCGAGUCCACCGCAUGUCGGAGGUUCGGCCAGACCUGGUGGACGCCAAGGUCGUCGGCAACGUCGACCCCAAGUUCCUCGACCGGAUGCGCGAUGAAAAGGUGGAGCUGGGCGAGCGCAUGGGCCCCGCGCAGAUUCAGGAGUUCAAGUACGAGCUGGACGUGGACGGCGGCACCGGCAGCGGGCGCGUGUGCGGCAUUCUGUCGAGCAACCAGAUGCUCAUCAAGCAGGCCAGCGAAUACACGCAAUUCUUCGAUCCGCUGCUCUGCCCGCACCGCCACUUCGUCCCCACGCACCGCUAUUUCUCCAACCUCUUUUCGCAAAUCGAGUGGGCGAGGUCACACGAUAACCAAGCGAGGCGUAUCAUUCGCAACGCGAAUAACAUAGCUGGUGACGUCUGCACGUGGGAAGGCCGACGGCUGUACUGGGCGAUCCUCUUGGCUAAGUAUUCCGUAAGCGCGCUGGAGAGCGCUGCGAAUGUGACGAAGCCGAAUGUAUUCCAGUGCAACGUGCCUCCGACGCAAGUCGACGUGGAGAACUCGUCCAAGUACUCCAAGCCGAAGCCCGCUAAGUGGAUUCCGCGAUGCAAGGUCCCCGAGGAGAUGCCAAACCAGCCGCCAUGCACGCACUUCUGCGCUGGACCGCUAGACGAGCCUCAGAAAUGGAAGUGGCUGCCGUCGAGUCUCCUGCAUGGCAUCGAGGUGUUCAAACCUGACAACGGCAGAAUCAAGUUUCGCCCGUCAUGA